UUCUCUUCCUCCAAACCCUAACCCUAACUUUCUCUCUCCUCAAUUUCUUCUCCCGCACUUCUUCUCCCAAUACCUCCGCUCCAUGAUUUUGUAACAAAUUGCUCUUCAUCAAUGGAUUCAUCAACGAAUAAUCUCUUCGAAACAGCAUCGCAACCGGAUACAGGAAACGACGAUGCAUACACUUUUCUCGAAUUCAACACUCAAGGUGUAGAUGCAGAAGAUGACGAUGAUUUCUCUUAUCCUCAAUUCAACGAACUUUCUCAACCAAUUCGUUCUUCUUCUUCUUCUUCCGCUUUUAUUUUGCCUACUCCUUCCGAGUCCACUGUUGGGGGCCUCGCUGAUAUCAAGGAUUCAUCUUCUCCAAGAAAACAGCAACAAUCACCUUCUGAAGCUCCAACGAAAACUGGUCUUCGAAGUGGAGUGGCUUUGGCUGUCGAUGCAUUGGCGGCAGGGAUGAGUGGGUUGAAUUUUGAGGAGACUGCUGGUGAUGAAGAUGGGUUUGUUGAUCAAUUUGGGAAAGGUAUUGGGGAUUUCACUGAGCAUGCUUGUAGGUAUUGUGGUGUUCAGAAUCCUGCUUGUGUUGUGAGGUGUAAUGUUCCGUCUUGUCGUAAGUGGUUUUGUAAUUCUAGAGGGAAUACUUCUGGUUCUCAUAUCGUCAGUCAUCUUGUUAGAGCAAAGCACAAAGAAGUUUGUUUACAUAAAGAUAGUCCAUUAGGAGAAACAAUUCUUGAGUGUUACAACUGUGGUUGCCGUAAUGUUUUCCUACUUGGGUUUAUUUCUGCAAAGUCAGAGAGUGUAGUCGUUCUUCUGUGUAGGGAACCUUGUUUGAGUGUCAAUGCUCUGAAGGACAUGAACUGGGAUUUGAGUCAAUGGUGCCCUCUUAUUGAUGAUCGCUGUUUUCUUCCCUGGCUUGUCAAGGUUCCAUCUGAACAAGAGCAACUGCGGGCCAGACAGAUAAGCGCACAACAAAUAAAUAAGAUAGAAGAGCUUUGGAAAACUAAUCCUGAUGCAUCUUUGGAGGAUCUUGAAAAACCUGGUGUUGAUGAUGAACCUCAGCAAGUUGCUUUGAAAUAUGAAGAUGCUUACCAGUAUCAAAAUGUAUUUGCUCCGCUCAUCAAACUUGAAGCUGAUUAUGAUAAGAUGAUGAAAGAAUCUCAAAGUAAGGAUAAUUUGACAGUGCGGUGGGAUAUUGGUCUUAAUAAGAAGCGCAUUGCAUAUUUUGUUUUCCCAAAGGAGGAUAAUGAGUUGCGUCUUGUACCUGGUGAUGAAUUGCGGCUACGUUAUUCAGGAGAUGCUGCCCAUCCUGCAUGGCAGUCAGUUGGUCAUGUGAUCAAGUUAACUGCACAAGAGGAGGUUGCUCUUGAGCUCCGCACAAGUCAGGGAGUUCCAGUUGACAUAAAUCAUGGUUUCAGCGUUGAUUUUGUUUGGAAGAGUACAAGCUUUGAUCGGAUGCAAAAUGCUAUGAAAACAUUUGCAGUGGAUGAGACUAGUGUUAGUGGGUAUAUUUAUCACCAUUUGCUGGGGCAUGAAGUUGAGAUGCACGUUGUUCGUAAUACUUUGCCUCGUCGAUUUGGUGCUCCAGGCCUUCCAGAGCUUAACGCAUCCCAGGUUUUCGCUGUAAAGAGUGUCCUUCAAAAGCCCAUAAGUUUGAUCCAAGGACCCCCUGGCACUGGAAAAACUGUAACAUCUGCUGCUAUUGUAUAUCACAUGGCCAAACAAGGUCAGGGACAGGUAUUGGUCUGUGCACCAAGUAACGUGGCUGUGGAUCAAUUGGCUGAAAAGAUAAGUGCUACUGGUUUGAAGGUUGUUAGACUCUGUGCAAAGUCAAGAGAGGCCGUCAGUUCUCCUGUUGAACAUCUUACUCUUCACUAUCAGGUUCGGCACCUUGACACAUCAGAGAAGAGUGAGCUUCAUAAGUUACAACAACUAAAGGAUGAACAAGGAGAAUUGUCAAGCAGUGAUGAGAAGAAGUACAAAGCACUGAAGAGAGCAACAGAGAGGGAGAUAGCUCAAAGUGCUGAUGUUAUAUGUUGCACUUGUGUUGGAGCUGGUGAUCCUCGCCUAGCAAAUUUUAGAUUCCGUCAGGUGCUUAUUGAUGAGUCUACCCAAGCGACAGAACCAGAAUGUCUCAUACCGCUGGUUCUUGGAGCAAAGCAGGUGGUUCUUGUUGGUGACCACUGUCAACUUGGUCCGGUGAUUAUGUGCAAAAAAGCUGCUCGAGCUGGAUUGGCUCAGUCUCUUUUUGAACGCCUUGUGUUACUUAAUGUGAAACCCAUCAGGCUACAGGUUCAAUAUCGUAUGCAUCCAGCUCUCUCAGAGUUUCCUUCCAAUAGUUUCUAUGAAGGUACUCUCCAGAAUGGUGUGACAAUCAAUGAAAGACAAUCAUCAGGAAUUGAUUUUCCUUGGCCAGUACCAAACCGUCCAAUGUUCUUCUAUGUCCAGAUGGGGCAAGAGGAGAUAAGUGCGAGUGGAACAUCCUACCUUAACCGCACUGAGGCUGCAAAUGUUGAGAAAAUAGUGACUUCUUUCUUAAGGAGUGGUGUUGUUCCUAGUCAGAUUGGGGUUAUCACACCUUAUGAAGGACAAAGGGCUUACAUAGUGAACUAUAUGUCAAGGAAUGGUGCUCUGAGGCAGCAACUUUAUAAGGAAAUUGAGGUGGCUAGUGUUGAUUCAUUUCAAGGAAGAGAGAAGGAUUACAUUAUUUUAUCUUGUGUUAGGAGUAAUGAACAUCAGGGUAUUGGUUUUCUCAAUGAUCCUCGUAGGCUUAACGUUGCACUGACACGUGCCCGUUAUGGAAUUGUCAUCUUGGGGAAUCCAAAAGUUUUGAGCAAGCAGCCACUCUGGAAUGGCUUAUUGACUCAUUAUAAGGAGCAUGAGUGCUUGGUUGAAGGACCUCUGAGUAACUUGAAGCAAAGUAUGGUUCAAUUUCAGAAACCCAAAAAGAUUUAUAAUGAUCGAAGACUUUUCUAUAGUGCAGCGGCCAGCACUGUGCCGAAUGAUAAUUUUGUACCAGUUACAACUAUUGGUCCAAAUGGUGACAGGCGAGGCAGUCGGGCUAGAGGUUAUAUGCCACCUGGAGCGCCGAACGGUACUCACAAGCCAGCAGUGCAUCCUGCAGGAUUCCCUCUUGGCCGUGUUCCUCUUCCUCCUUAUCAUGGUGCACCACCAUCACAGCCAUAUGCCAUCCCUUCGCGUGGUGCAGUACAUGGUCCUGUUGGAGCAGUUCCUCAAGUACCUCAGCCUGGAAGCCGUGGUUUCGGUGCUGGUCGUGGCAGUGCUGCCCCUAUUGGCAGUCAUCUACCGCACCAGCAAGCUUCACAGCAACCUGUAGGGAGUCUUGGGCCUAAUUACAUCUUUCCUUUGGAGAGUCCAAAUGGCCAACAAUCUGGGGGUGGUCCAUUGUCGCAACCUGGUUUUGUUUCUAAUAUGUCUGUUCAAGGAGCUUGCCAAUCUUUCCGUGAUGGAUUUUCAAUGGGGGGCAUGUCACAGGACUUCUUGGGCGAUGAUUUCAAGAGUCAAGGAUCACAUGUUCCUUACAAUAUUGCAGAAUUCUCAACACAGGCUUCACAAACUGGAUAUACUGUGGAUUAUGCUACACAAGGCGGACAGACUACCUUCCCUGGAAGCUUCUUGAACCAGAACUCUCAAGCUGGAUACUCUCGUUUUGGUAGUGGGAGUGACUUUUUGUCUCAGGAAUAUGUGGCUCAUGGAUCCCAAGGUCUUUUCACUCAAGUUGGCUUCAAUGAUCAAUCUCAGGAUGACAAUUCACAGGGUCAGUUCGAUGUUGGAAAUGCGAACUCUCUUCAAUCACAGACCUUGAUAAAUCCUUUGUAUUCCCAACCGUUCACGCAUUACAACACUCGGCCCGUGAAUUUGUCGAAUGCUCAGUCUCAGCCUAAACAGCAGCCUGCUCAGCAGGGUCUUAGCUCACAGAACCAGAAAGCUCAUUUCAGUGGUUGAGGGUGGAAUUGUUUUGGCCAAAGAUGGGAUAGCCUUCAAUAUCAGCGACUGGGUUUUUCUACACCCUGUGCCACCACUACAUUAUUAAAAAGGGAACAAGAGUUUCUGCUUGGGUGAGGUUACAUGUGAUUUUUGCCUCUACCUCAAUACUAAGUUUUUGAAGGAUAUUUAAGUCUGAAUGACUUUCGGCUUUUGGCUGUGGAAACCCUAAUAAUGCUGUGGAGGAAAAGGAUGAUCUCUCUUUAUCGGCCCUGACUAUUCUCUUGAGAAAAGACAAAAAUGUCAUUUUUUGUGGGAGAUAUUGUUACAUGAAAGGGUUCGGAAGUGAAAGCAAACAUUUGGUGAACGUACAUGAUAAAGCCCCUCCUAAUCAUAUCAUACAGAAAAAGCAACUAAAGACAGGAUUUUGUACAGCAGUGCAGGGAAAGAAUACCAUUUUACCAAACCCUUUCAGCUUUUCGUGACAUGUAAUUAUACUCUUAUGAAACCAGUGAUAUAGUUUGAAUAGAAAUCAUGGCGAUUAUUUGGUGUG